UAGCCUCCAGCGCCUUCUUCUACCCAUCCUUGGGUUCUCCUCUCGCUCGAGGUCGAUUCCCCACUCCUCCUCUCCUUCCCGGCCCCAUUCCUCGGAUCCGCCGGGGAAAUCUCUCCGUGCCGCGGACAGAUCCCGGAAAAUGGAAACCCGCAGUGGCCACGGCGUCGGCGGACUUGGGCGCGUCUUGGUUCUGGCAUUCUGCGUCGCCGGCAUCUGGUCCGCUUACAUAACCCAAGGCGUCCUACAGGAAACCGUAUCCACCAAGCGAUUUGGACCGGACGGGAAGCGGUUCGAGCACCUUUCCUUCCUGAAUCUCGCCCAGAAUGUCGUUUGUUUCUUCUGGUCAUUCAUAAUGAUAAAGCUAUGGUCGAGUAGCUCGGCAGGGGCCGCUCCAUGGUGGAGCUUUUGGAGUGCGAGCAUCACCAACACCAUUGGUCCUGCGAUGGGAAUCGAAGCAUUGAAGUACAUUAGCUACCCAGCGCAGGUUCUCGCAAAAUCCUCAAAAAUGAUUCCUGUCAUGGUGAUGGGGACUCUUGUUUAUGGUAUCAAAUACACAAUUCCAGAGUACAUAUGCACCUUCCUUGUUGCUGGAGGGGUAUCAGCAUUUGCACUUUCAAAGACCAGCUCAAAGACCAUAAGCAGGCUUGCUCAUCCAAAUGCUCCUCUUGGUUAUGCACUCUGCUUUUUAAACUUGGCGUUUGAUGGCUUUACGAAUGCUACCCAGGAUUCUAUAACCGCUAGGUAUCCAAAGACCAUUGCGUGGGAUAUAAUGCUGGGGAUGAAUCUAUGGGGCACCAUCUAUAAUGUUGUGUAUAUGUUUGGCUGGCCUCAUGCAAGUGGUUUUAAGGCUCUGCAGUUUUGCAGAGAACACCCAGAGGCAGCAUGGGACAUCCUCCUCUUCUGCCUUUGUGGGGCAAUCGGGCAGAAUUUCAUUUUCCUGACCAUCAACCGAUUUGGCUCACUUGUCAACACUACCAUCACAACCACCCGCAAGUUUGUGAGCAUUGUGGUGUCCUCCUUGUUAAGCGGCAAUCCCUUGUCCCUGAAGCAAUGGGGAAGUGUCGUAAUGGUAUUCUCAGGUCUCUCCUUUCAGAUCUUUCUCAAGUGGAGGAAGCUACAGAGGAUGCAAAAGAAGACAAAGGAUGCAUGAAGAACUGUCUUCCUGAGCUCCUGACAUAGCCAUUUUUCCCCUUUAAUUGUGGGUUGAGCCAAAGAAGGCUUUGGUGGCCCCCCAAUUUUUGGUAGAUUUACAUUGGUAAGCAACAGAAAUGUAAUUGUUACGCGUUACGGAUGUAACAAAUGUAUGUUUACCAUUAAUUCAGGUACGGCUGACCUCAUAUAUUUUUUAAAGAAAAAGUGACGGAACAUGUGGAGCUAAAGGCAGUGAAAUUAUGGCACCAUAUUCUUUUGAGUUGACCAAACGACUGGUGCAUGGACGCCUAAUUAUCAGAUGAUUCCUGCAAUCAGUAAAAACCUAUAUUCUGUGGAAAUCCUUCAGCUGACGCCCAAUACAUGUCGACCAAUGUAUGUUUGGGUUCCUGUUAAUAUCCUAGUCUCAAGUUUCAUCAUACAAGUGAGAGGUGCUUUCUAAAUUGUCAGGUUUUUAUUGUACAAAGAUAUCAGAUUUAACAUCUGUAUUGAUGUGGCUUUUUUAGGUAA